CUAUAAGAAUAUACUGAUUGAGCAAAAUCAAAAAUGUCAGAGGUGCAUUUAUUCGAAAAAUCGCUUCUUACACGUAUGGAAGAAACAGCGGAAAUUCUGAGUCCUUGCAAAAAACCGGUAAGUGCUUCCAGGGUGAAAAAUGCAUGGAGCAACUACACUGAAACAGUCGUGGCGUCUGGUGAAUGGCAAGCAGUCUGGCGAAUUCCGCGAGAAUUCUGUGAAAAACUGUCGAUUCCAUAUCCAACGGUCGUGAAGGGAACUGUAGAAACCGUUUAUGUAGAUGAGCUAACGGCGAAAUACUAUGUUGAUAAAGUUCAAGAUGAAAAUGUUCGUUUAGACGGGGAGCAGACCCCGUCGCUGAUGGAUUUGUGGCCACUUAAAUGUCAGCAAAAUGAAGAUGUCAUUGAUCCAGAUGCGAUUCGUACAGCAGAUUGCUUGGAUAAGAUGAGGUUCUUUUAUCAACAUCUAUGGAUGCCAUGGGACAGGAACGAUAAUUGCAAGGAUUGGGCUGCUAUGCAUUUGAAAAGCAGAAUAAAGUUUUAUCACGAUUUGAGAACUAAAACUAUGUCCAAGCGAUUGUCAUCGUAUAUUUUAGCUUUGUUGAACGAAGCCAAGUACCUUCAAAGUAAACGAGACUUGCUCGAACAGGAAGCCAAACGCCAAGCAGAAAUUCAGGAAUUGGAGAAUUACCCCACUUUGCCGUUACUUUCAACAACGAGAGAUUUGAUGGAGAUUCAUUUGCGGUUAUGUUCGAUCAAGACUGAUAUAGACGUUUUAGAGAAUCUGUCAAUGCGCCCCGUCUUCGAAAAACAUCGUUUUCCGAAGGAAAUCAAUGGUUUUGCAGGCAAAAUCAAAGCCGAAAGAAAUGUUUUAGUUGUUUCACAUAUAGGAACCCUGCAAGAGCAAAUCGAAUAUCUUGAAAAAGUAAACCAGCUAGCCAAUCAGAUGCCGGUUCAAAUGUACGAUUCACUCGAGACAGCAGUGAAAAGAUGCAAACCGUUGGACCAAAUUUACUUGCCACAUGGUCAACAUCUUAUCGCAGCUUUGGAAUAUUUCAAAAAAGGUUCGAUCACGGGGUUGAGUUUAGGUCGUUUUCUGGAUAAAGAUCUAAAGCAAUUGUCUGGGUUGACAAAAGAAAUAACUGUAGUGAGCCCCAGAGACAACGAUAGUAUAUUCCUAACGAUUGAUGGGGAUUAUUGUUUUGAGAAUAUUUUGUUUGACUGUUCCAGGGUAGAGGUGGGAAUAAUGGUUAAACAGGGUAGCGUUAGAUUUAAGAAUUGUUGUUUAAUCGGAGAUAACAAAUCAGACAGAAAUCGAGGAAUUGUGAUUUUUGGUAACUGCAACGUACGAUUUAAGCAUUGUAUAAUCAAGGAUUUUGCGGCUGGUAUUUAUGCUGGUCCACAAUGCAUAAUCAACCUCUUUAAUAGUGUCGUUUUCAACUGCCACGAUGGCAUUGACGCUUGGGAAAGCUGCAGAAUUAAUUUUCAACAAUCUGAAGUAUCUAACUGCUUAGACUACGGCGUUAAGAUGAGAGUUCUAAACUACAAAGAUUACGAAAAUAACCAAGUUAUUUGCAGUACGCAUGAUACAAAAUGUCUUACACGAUCGGAGCUUCAAUUCAAAGGAUUAUGCAAGUUCGAGGGUAAUGGAAAAUUUAAUUUCGUCCUGCUUAACAGUGAAGACGCCAACAUUGCUGGUCAUUUCCUGUGCAAUGUUCUAAGCGGUGAUCUAAGAGUAGAAAGCGAUGAUAGCGAUGAUAACGAUGAUAGCGAUGGUUAUGGUUUUACACCGAAUUUCAGCGAGACAGAUCUUUUCUUGCAUGAAAAGUUAAAAAAGGAUGAACGGUCAUCUGAUGAACCGAACAAGUAAAUGUAGUGACCUGAAGGUAACUUUUGCACCGACCUACACCGUUAUAGUUUAUUCCUUGCGAGAAACGAUCAACAAGAACCGUGAAUAGAAGAAAGAAAUGAUUGUAGUCAUCAAUAGGAACAACCGCAAGUUGCUCGAGAAUGGUUAAUAAAAUUAGACCUGCUAAGAUUUGAACUAAGCUGUGAUAUAAUUUAGAAUAGAACUGAUAUUGUGCUGCACCUGGUCUUACAUAACUUCAUGUCUCGGUACAGUAUGGUCUACGUGCCAGAGAACUUAUGCAAGACAAAGAAGUGUCGAAAAAACUGCGUAUAUUUCAAAAAUCGCGUUGCAAAAACUGCGUAAACUUCAAAAUUUGCGUCAAAACCGCGUAGAAUUCGUCUUUACCCUAUAGUAUUCCGACGCCAGUUUAGAAUUCAAGUUGACGUCUUCCGAUUUGCAUUUCUGGCAGCUUAAAGAAGCAGAGAGGAUAUUUUUGUGUUUUCUGUGGCAAUCGAAUCUACAUACCGAUCGGACCCGUUCCGAUCAGAAAUCAAACGCAGGAUUCCGUUCGUCGUGUGUUAUCGCAUACGACUUGGUUCUGGUCGAAACAGGUCCGAUCGGUGUGCGGAAUAGAGGCGAUUUAUUUCGUUUACUACUAAUCUCGCACAAAACUAAGCGAAGCAAAAUCAGUGCAAUCCUCCACAAGAGACCAAUUUACAUCCGUAAGCUAAAGAAAAUAAAAGU